AUGCAAAGCUGUUUUAAGAUUUGUAAGUGUUCAGAAGAACAAAAGGUGACUUACGCGGCUACUACCUUUGGAGAUUCAGCACUUCAUUGGUGGGAGACUGAAUACGCCAUUCGAGGGGAUGAAAACAUCGCUACCCUGACGUGGGAGCAAAUGAAGAAGAUGUUUAUGGAUAAAUAUUGUACGCAGACAGAGGUGAAGAAGUUGGAGUCGGAGUUCCUGAGGUUGGAGCAAGGAUCUUUGUCUGUUCAAGAAUAUGUGAACAAAUUUCUAGAAAAGGCUAGGUUUGCUAGUUAUCAGGUGGCAACUGAGCAAAGAAAGAUAGAUCGAUUUAAGGAUGGCCUAAGAAUAGAGAUAAAACAGUACGUGGAUAUGGUUAAACCAACCACGUUUGUUCAAGCUGUGGAAAUGGCGACUGUUGCGGAGGAAAAUAACAUCAAGGCAACUAGGAAGAGAAGGGAGGUCAAAAGGAAAUGGGAAGCAUCAAGUAAAUUGACAAAGAAAUCCAAGGGGGAGAUGACAGAUACGAAGGCACGAAAUGGAGAGUUCACAAUUCAUCAGUGCACCAAGUGCAAUCGAAGACAUAGGGGUGAAUGUUGGGAAGCAAAAGUGACAUGUUUUCGAUGCGGAAAACCCGGGCACACAUCAAAGGAGUGUACUGAAAGCAAACUUUGCUAUGAUUGUAGGACAUCAUGUCAUAUACGGUCUGAAUGUCCUAAAAACCAAAAGGGGACCAUAAGCAAUGUUAGAGUUUCAGGUAAUGGGUCAGGAAGAGGGGCGGAGAAGAAGAAGGAAUUACCUAAGGGACCAGAACGAGCAUACAACAUGACUUUGGAGGAGGCUAGGGAGUCUCCUGACGUCGUAUCGGGUAUGUUUCUUGUAAACAAUGUUUAUGCUCAUGUACUGUUUGAUUCGGGUGCAAAUGGUAGUUUCGUGUCUUCUACUUUCCGCCACUAUUUGAAUAAGGAUGCUUGUAGACUAGGGAAGAGCUAUACUGUAGAAACCGCUGAUGGCAGUCAAGUUAAAAUAGAUGAAAUAGUUUAUGGGUGCACGAUCCUAUAG